UUAGGAUUUGACCUUUAGAGGCACAAGUCAAUUCAGAAUUGCUCUCAAGGGGGCUUUCAGGGUAGAAAGAUCUUGAAAAGAGUCUCCUUUUAUUGGUUAGAGGAUAAACCUAAACAGGUUUCUAUGAAAAAUGAAAUCAAACAUUUGGCAUGUAAUAGUUUUGAUUGUAUGCAUGUAUAGUAAAUUUUCUGAUUCAUUCAACUUGUGGUGGUGAUAAUUCCUUAGUUUUCUUUGUAAUUUCUGAUCUUAUAUGACUCUGUAGACAACAUUUGUUAUUAUACGCAUAGCUGAUAAUCGAUAAUACUUUGUUGUCCUUGACAGAAUCUUAUCUCCAAUGGAAGGGAACUUCAUUAUGUCUGAUGCUCAACGAACACAUGAUGAUGGCUUCAUAGUCAAACAAAAACCUGAUCUCAUCACGGGUUCAAAGGGAGGUCAAGCUAAUGAAAGUGGUUGUUUUGAUUGCAACAUCUGUCUAGACUCGGCUCAUGAUCCUGUCGUCACUCUCUGCGGACACCUUUUCUGCUGGCCUUGCAUUUACAGGUGGUUACAUGUUCAGUUAUCAUCUGUCUCCAUUGAUCAGCACCACAACAACUGCCCUGUCUGUAAAUCCAACAUUACCAUCACCUCAUUGGUUCCUCUCUAUGGAAGAGGCAUGUCUUCGUCUUCUUCCACGUUUGCCUUUAAGAAACAGGACGCAGGAUCCACUGAGAUACCCCGCAGACCUGCUCCAUCGACCUUGUACAACCCAAUCUCUUCAGGAUCAUCUCUGAGCCCAAGCUUGCAACAUCAAACUCUGUCUCCAACAUUCCAUAACCACCAGUAUUCCCCUCGUGGCUUCACCACAACCGAAUCAACCGACCUUGCCAAUGCAGUAAUGAUGAGUUUUCUCUACCCGGUGAUUGGGAUGUUUGGGGACAUGGUCUACACCAGGAUAUUUGGGACUUUUACAAACACAAUAGCUCAGCCUUACCAAAGCCAGAGGAUGAUGCAGCGUGAGAAGUCUCUUAAUCGGGUAUCAAUAUUUUUCCUUUGUUGCAUCGUCCUUUGCCUCCUACUCUUCUAGCUCUCUCUCUCUCUCUUUUGUAUAGUCUGUGUUGUAAAUAGGCUGUAAAACUCGAAGCCUGUGGUUUAAGAACUACUGCAGACGCUAUUGUUCCGAGUUAGGUCUCAAAUUGCUGGCCAAUUUCUUGUUGUGUAUUGCACAGAUAUAGAUAUAUGUGCUUGUAUGAUGUAUCUAAUAUUCAUGAACCAUGUCUAUGUUAAAGAAGCAUCUUAACAGUUCAUCAUC